GGAACAUAAAAAAUUAUGUACAAUUACACAUCUGUUACUGACGAAUGCAUAGGGGCCUAUUGGGCAAACGUUCUGUAUGACUUUGACAACGACUUCAUCCUGGUCAUGAGAAUACACAUGUUUCGCACAAGGAGACGAUGGAUGAGAACGAUGUUCACGGGCGCCCUCUUUCUCAUUUGUUUCGGGGUGUCAAUGAACUACUUUCGAGUGGAACAGCUUCACUCGUACAGCAAGGACGAUACGUUUACUAAGGUUCAUAAACCAAAACUGAGAGCAGUGCAGCCAGAUGAGUUCGAGGUUGAACCACAACACCACCCUACAGGAUCGAUGGAAGCUGUGUACAAAGAGGGGGAGGUGGGCAACUUUGAACCUCCUCCAGAGAGAGUCGUGGAAGGUCCUGGUGAGGGGGGCAGACCAGUAAAGCCAGUGAAGCCAGACCAAGAUUCAUUAAUGCGUUACGGCUGCGACAUGAAAGUGAGCGACCAGAUCUCGCUGCAGCGCUCUAUCCCUGACACCAGACCAAAAGAGUGCAAGUUCUGGCACUACCCAAGCAAUCUACCAGGUGCUUCUGUGAUUGUCAUCUUUCACAAUGAAGGCAACAGCACGCUCCUGAGGACUAUCAACAGCAUCAUCAACCGCUCCCCACCCUCCCUUCUGAAAGAGUUGGUCCUUGUGGACGACGCAAGCACCAAGGAUCACCUUCUUGCGCCUCUAGAUAAUUAUAUUCGCCGGUUCAGUGGAUUGGUCAAAUUGUUCAGGAACAAAAAGAGACUUGGGGCUAUGGGUUCUCGGACAAGAGGAGCAAGGGAGGCAAAAUCUGAAAUACUUGUAAUACUUGAGCCUCAUUGUGAGGUUAAUGUGAACUGGUUACCUCCCCUGAUUCAGAGAAUUGCUCGUGAUAGAACUGCCAUGGCGCAACCCACCGUUGAUGGAGUGCACUACCAAGACUUUAGAUACACACCAGUUUUAACGGACAUGGUGAAAGGUGUUUUCGACUGGGGUCUUCGCUACAAAGAACAAGUAGUAACUGCAAAGGAGCGGACAGAGAAAUGGAAGCACAACUCCGAACCUUAUGCAACUCCAACACACGCCGGUGGACUGUUUGCAGUCACCCGCAAACACUUCUUUGACAUCGGUGGCUAUGAUGAGGGUCUUCAGAUAUGGGGAGCAGAGGGCUUCCAGCUUUCUUUCAAGCAAUGGAUGUGUGGCGGUAGAUUUGAGAUGGUGCCAUGUUCAAGAGUUGGGCACAUCUACCAUUACACAAUGCCCUUCACCUUCAAAGGAUCCUACUUAGAAAAGAAUAACGUCCGCACGGCGGAAGGAUGGAUGGACGAAUACAAGGAAUAUCUCUACAGACAGUAUCCAGCUCUCAGGACACUGAAAGUUAAUGUCACUGAUCAAAUGGAACUCAGGAAGAGACUGGGCUGCAAGAGCUUCAAAUGGUUUAUGGAAAAUGUGGCAUAUGAUGUGCCGAAGGAUUAUCCUCUACCCCCAGAGAAUGUAGUGUGGGGAAAUAUUAAAGAACGGCAUGGGAGUCAGUGUUUGAGGAAAUACGACCGAAAGUUAAUACUCGGAGCCUGUGAACAACAUGGGGAAUAUUUCCGGUACAAUACAGCGGGACAGAUGUCCGUUGGUGAAUUCUGCCUGGAAUUUAGGGGGAAAGAGUUUGCGUUUCCCAUGUGUCCUGAUGGAUACAAACACCCUUGGGAAUGGAAUCAGGAAACGGGCUUAAUUCGACACCCGGUGCUCAAGAAGUGUAUCCAAAGCGGUCAAGAACUGAUUCUUGCCGAGUGUAAUAACACGGUUAAUACACAGCAGUGGAUUUUAGAGAAGCGGAAAUGAGGGAGAGAAACAUCAGUUAACAUCCUAGAGCAGCAUGCUCUGGUGUAAUGUACUGUGAUGCCUCUGGAGUUUGACUGUUAUGCCUCU